UAUUGGGUUAUUACAAAACCACUUUUAUAAGCACUUUAAAAAAACUAUGACAAACAAACUUUGUUUGGAAAAUUUAUUUAUUAGGGCUUAAACGGAUUUGUGAUGUUCGACUAAAUAACUUUUAGCAAAAGACCAAAAAGCUAAAUAACAAUUGGAUUACCAUACAAUAAAGUCGACUUCUGAUGGCAGUUUAUUUGUCUAUGUUGGUGGCACUGCAGCGGCAAUAAAAGUUUACCACUCAACAAAGGCGAAAACACUUAAAUAAAUAUAUAAAUCAAGCAACACAAAAAUAGUGCAAAACGAGAGGACAGACGCAGUGAGCAAACAAUGAGACUGCAAGAAACUCACUGGAGAGAACGCAUCGAAAAACUUGUGGCCCAUAAAGAAUAGUUGCAUUUUUGGUGUUGUUCAAAAACCCAAAAUAAAAUCAAAUAAAAAAAAAUAAAAUGAAAUAGGAUAGAGGUUAGAUAGAAACCAAAUGGAGGCGAGCCAGGACCCAGCCCAAAGUGUAUUAAUUCAAUAAACCUAUUUAUCUGAGACUUCGACUGGGAUUUGGAAGUCGAGUAGAGAAUGCGACAAAGUUUGCCAGCCAAGACGGCGCAGUGCAAUCAGCAGAUCCUGUCUCUGGUCCUAAGGAGUAAAACGAACCAGAGGAGUCAGAGGAGCCAGAUUCGAUGCCGCAAACGAGUCCCAAUUGGAGGCAGGCGGACAAUGAGCGCACAAAAGGCGCUGUAAGUGUCAUUGCAGCCAGGAACUGGGCCACAGGGACUGCCACGCAGGACUAGAGUCGGAAGAGCACCAGAAGGAGCAGAAGGACCCACACCAGCACCAGCACAACCAGGACCCGGACAGCAACGUUGACAACCGAGAUGACAGUGGCAGGACGAGCAGGACGAACGGGAGGAGGGGCAGCGUCGUGGUGUCGCCGAUUUUUCCAUACAUCCCGACUAGCUUCUUGGCUGCGUAUUCGCACCAGUUCCGUCUCCAAUCUCCUGGUCCUGGUCCUGGCUCUUGGCCUUGGGAUACAAGCAGUCACCUGCAGUACUCCAGAGCCUAUAGCGAGUCGUACAGAUCCAGUCGCUUUGGCACGGGGAAUGAAUGCUGCUCAGGGACAGCUUUGGACGGGCACCACAAGAUCCACUUUGCCAGAUAGGCCAAUGACAACACAAAACGAUCUAAUUACGACAGCCAGCAACUUGACGACAGCAAAAAAGGCAGCCACAGAAACGGCUGCUGGAACAGAGGCACCCGGCUCAUGGAGCACCACCACAGCCGUGGCCCGGGGCAUGUCAUCAGCAGAUGUGGCAGGAGCAACGAUAGCAACCAGCCAGUCAGCACAAAUUGGGCUAACUACUCAGGCCGCAGAACGGCAAACAGAAGCAGCAGGAGCAGGAGCGGCAGGAGGAGCAGAAGCAGCCACUGGGACCGCAGCAGAGAUGCUCAUAUCAACAAUUUAUCCAGCAUCAGCGGAAACGGAUGUGCGCAACUCCAUUGAAAAGAUGGCGAACGCGACGCAUCCGGUUGUCCCUGAUUCAUUGACCAAGGGCUUCUCCAUCCCCACCUUCCUGCCGCCGUUUCCCGUUUUUGCGGCAGCGGAUCUGCCCGCUUACCGGGCCGCUGCCGAUGCGGCUGAGGCGGCUAGGUUGGCAGCGGAGGCCGCUAAGGUGGCCAAGGCGGAGGCGGAGGCCCAGGCCGCCAAAACAUCCGCCGAAGCGGUGACAAUAUCGCCGGAGGAGCAGCGCCGGCAAGUGUUUAAUGAGCAGCAGUCCUACCUCACCGCCCACCGGGAGGGGGGUUCGGGGCGCAACCUGACAAUGCCCGUGCUAAACAUCACCGCCCAGAAGGGAAACCACGCCUACAUGCCGUGCCAGAUACAUCGACUAUCCGAUAAGCCAGUUUCGUGGGUACGCAUGCGCGAUAACCACAUCAUCAGCGUGGACGAAACAACUUUUAUAGCGGACGAGCGAUUCCAGUCGAUAUUCCAGGAGGAUCACGAUUACACCUGGUCCCUGCAGAUCAAAUACGUAGAGCCAGGCGAUGCUGGGUGGUACGAGUGCCAGAUGGCAACGGAGCCCAAACUGAGUGCCAAGGUGCACCUGCAGAUAGUCAAACCCAAGACUGAGCUGAUUGGGGAUCAGAGCCGCUUUGUGAAGGCGGGCAGCAAGGUGGCGCUGCACUGCAUCGUCCGUGGAACCCUGGAUCCGCCCAAGUAUAUAAUCUGGUUCCGGGGUCAGAAGAAGAUUAGCGAAAGCGACGAGCGAACCGGCUGGUACACGCAACUAGAUAGGAAUAUAUUCGGAACCGUGGGCGAUAAUCAGAACACGAUCGGCUCAUUAAUUAUACCGCUCGUGCGGAAAGAGGAUUCCGGCAAUUAUACGUGCCAGCCGUCGAACAGCGUCUCCGUAUCCGUGGACCUGCACGUGCUAAGCGGUGAAUAUUCCGCAUCGGCCAUCAUGUCAACGGCGGCAAGGACGACGACAGGCGGGAGGAGCACGUUCCACUCGGCGCUGGGUCUCCUGGGAGUCCUUGGAGUCCUCUGGGCGAUGCAGGAAGCGCUGCACACACACACACCGCCGGCACACCAGACGUGACUCGCCUAUUGAACGCCUGGUCGUGGCGUCCGACUUCCAAUUAUUUGUAAGCUUUUGCGCCAUCUGCAGUUACGUAAUUUAGGUUAGAGAUUAAUUAAAGGCGGCCUUGUAAAUAGCGGAGUGGAGCAGCAGGAGCUGAAGCAGAAGCCCCGUCGAAGCAGGAUUGACGACUCUGUAAUUAGGUUAAAACGUUACCAUAACUCUCAUGUCUGCGUGUCUCACUGUAUCCCCCAUACCCAUACCAUACUGCAUUCCAAUUCAAUCUAAUGUACAAUUCAAUUUAAGCAGACCACCAUUUCAAGUUGUGAAA